AACGGGGAGGAGCUGAACUUUGACAUCGGGAAGUUUAUGCUCACAUGUGGACGGUGUUUGUGUGUGUGUGUGUACACACACAUCUAAUAACUGAUCAAACAUGUCAUCAAGCAAGAAAGGCAAAGGGAAAAAGAGACCGAGCGAAGGAGAAGGAGACAGAUCUGGGUCAUUCUGUGAUGAACCGGACUCAUGUGUCCCGAACGGAGGAUUAACGGUCACAGACUUCACAGAGAGAGCGGAUGAUAAAUCCCCUCAGCGAUGGCGAUCAUAUUUGGCUCAGAUGAGCGUGAACACCAUGAAGACACUGAACAUCUGUAUCGGACGGUCUGUCCUGAUCUCCAGCAGCGCGGGACAACAGGAGGUGUGUGUGGCGUGGCCGGCGUCUCAGUUUCCCGGCAGGCGUGUGGGUCUUCAGUCCAGCGUUCAGUCGAGUCUGAGAGUGAAGCCUGGAGAUCACGUGACCCUGCAGCCAAUCAGUGGAGCCGUUCUACAGGCCGAACACCUGCGGAUGAGACUCAGUCCUGAAGACCGAGUGCUGGACACAGAGGAGUUCCGGAGCGAUCUCCUCCGGAUGCUGGACGGGCGCGUGCUGCUCGCGGGCGGCAGUGUGUCGGUGUGUUACUUCGGGCGUCGGUGUGUGAUCGGGGUGGACUGGAUCCGAGGCGUCGACGGAGAGACUCAGAGCUCAGUCGUUCUCGAUCUCUCUUCACAGCUCGAGCGGCUCUCCAUCCAGCAGAACGCAUCACAUGACCUUUCACCUCUGACCCCUCAGCCUGACCGUCCGGUGUGUGUGUGUCGCUCGUCGACGGACACCUUCUACUCCGUCUGCAGCUCCACCGCUCUGAGCCUGUCGGACCCUAACGAGCGGGUCGAGGACGACGAGGGGUCAAAGGUCACGUACAGUAUGAUCGGCGGGCUCGGCGGUCAGCUGAAGGUCAUCAGGGAAACCAUCGAGCUGCCGCUGAAACACCCCCAACUCUUUAAAAACUAUGGAAUCCCGCCUCCUCGCGGUGUGCUUCUCUACGGGCCGCCCGGCACAGGGAAGACUCUGAUUGGACGAGCAGUAGCCAAUGAGGUGGGAGCUCACAUGAGCGUGAUCAACGGGCCCGAGAUCAUGAGCAAGUUUUAUGGAGAGACUGAAGCCAGACUGAGGGAGAUCUUCACACAGGCUUCACAGAGGCAGCCCUCCAUCAUCUUCAUCGAUGAGUUAGAUGCUCUGUGUCCUAAGAGAGAAGGGUCCCAGAACGAGGUGGAGAAGCGUGUCGUGGCGACUCUCCUCACGCUGAUGGACGGCAUCGCAUCAGCGGGUUCGCAGCUGCUGGUUCUGGGAGCCACUAACCGCCCUCAGGCUGUGGACUCGGCGUUGCGCCGGCCUGGACGCUUCGACUGUGAGCUGGAGAUCGGCGUUCCCGACGCCGGCGGGCGGAUGGAGAUCCUGCAGAAGCUGCUGCUCCCGAUGCCGUGUGUGUGUGUCGCUGACGACGAGCUGCGGGAACUGGCCCACGCCGCGCACGGGUACACCGGAGCCGACCUCGCCGCCGUCUGCAAGGAAGCGGGUCUUCACGCACUGAGGAGGGCUUUAGGAUCCGGACCUGCUCUCUCUGACGUCCAGGUGAUGAACACGGUAAAGGUCACGACCUCUGACCUCAGGCUGGCCAUGACGGAGGUCAAACCCAGUGCGAUGAGAGAGGUGGCCAUCGACGUGCCAAAGGUCCGCUGGAGUGACAUCGGUGGGAUGGAGGAGGUGAAGCUGGCGCUGAAGCAGGCGGUGGACUGGCCCUUACGGCACCCCGAGGCCUUCAGCCGGCUGGGUAUUACACCACCUAGAGGCGUUCUGCUGUACGGCCCGCCGGGAUGCUCCAAAACCAUGAUCGCUAAAGCCUUAGCCAACGAGAGCCGGCUCAACUUCCUCUCCAUCAAGGGUCCAGAGUUACUGAGUAAAUACGUGGGCGAAUCAGAGCGAGCGGUUCGAGAGGUCUUUCGGAAGGCCAGGACAGUUGCUCCGUCUAUAAUUUUCUUUGAUGAGAUUGAUGCUUUAGCAGUGGCAAGAGGAAGUUCUCAGGGGGGCGGUGUCGGGGAUCGAGUGCUGGCUCAGCUGCUCACAGAGAUGGACGGCAUCGAGCAACUCAAAGACGUCACGGUUCUCGCCGCAACCAACAGACCUGAUAUGAUUGACAAGGCCCUGAUGCGUCCGGGUCGUUUGGACCGUGUGAUAUUCGUCCCGCUGCCCGACGCUGAGACUCGACGGCAGAUUUUCACACUGCAGUUUCGGAACAUGCCGAUCCAUCCCAGCAUACACCUGGAGGACCUGGUGACCCGGACCGAGCACUACUCAGGGGCAGAGAUCACAGCGGUGUGCAGAGAAGCGGCUCUACAGGCGCUGCAGGAGAACAUCGCAGCCGAACACGUGACCCACACACACUUCCUCGCUGCGCUGGACGCCGUCACACCUCGAAUCCCACAGUCUCUGUUACAGGCGUACGAGAAAUACCAGCGGGAACACGGCGGAGCACGAGUCUGAGCACACACACAAUAAACUAUCUUUAUACCAA